GUAAUUUGACAAGUGACACCUCAUCCAAAAUUGAGGUUAGAAAAAUUAUUUUGGACUCGAUGUUCGGCGAAAAACAUAAAAUAAUUUUUACGAAAAACUAGGAAAUAACACAGAAUUUAAUCAUGUUAUCUAGAAACUUGGCCAGGACAGUUUUUAAGAGCAAACAGAUCUGCAAUACAUGGAACCAAAUCUCUAUAAGGCAGAAGUCCUAUACACCCCUGAAUACUGUUGUUAUGUUUGUGCCUCAACAAGAAGCAUGGGUUGUUGAACGAAUGGGCAAAUUUCACAGAAUCCUAGAGCCAGGCCUAAAUGUACUAAUUCCUAUUGCGGACAGAGUAAAAUAUGUGCAAAGUCUGAAAGAAAUAGCAGUAGACAUACCGAAACAAAGUGCCAUUACUGCUGACAAUGUUACAUUAAGUAUUGAUGGAGUCUUGUAUUUAAGAAUAAUUGACGCUUAUUUAGCUAGUUAUGGAGUGGAAGAUCCUGAAUUUGCUAUUACACAGUUAGCACAAACUACCAUGAGGUCUGAACUAGGUAAAAUCUCACUGGACAAAGUAUUUAGGGAAAGAGAAAGUUUAAACGUAUCAAUUGUUGAAUCAAUAAAUAAGGCCAGUGAGGCAUGGGGCAUGACUUGCCUUAGGUACGAAAUUAGGGAUAUAAAGUUGCCUCAAAGAGUGCAAGAAGCCAUGCAGAUGCAGGUUGAAGCAGAAAGGAAGAAAAGAGCAGCAGUUUUAGAGUCUGAGGGUAUAAGAGCAGCCGAAAUCAAUGUAGCAGAAGGUAAGAGACAGUCAAGGAUUUUAGCAUCAGAAGCUGAGAGACAAGAGCAAAUUAAUAAAGCUAUCGGUGAGGCUUCAGCUAUUAAAGCAGUUGCUGAAGCUAGAGCAAUAGGUUUAAGGAUGGUAGCAGAGGCUCUUCAGAACGAUAAAGGUUCUAAUGCGGCUGCUUUGACAAUAGCAGAACAGUAUGUGCAUGCAUUUGAUAAUUUAGCUAGGACUAAUAAUACUUUGAUAUUGCCCGCUAAUGCUGGAGAUGUAUCGAGUAUAGUGACACAGGCAAUGUCGGUUUAUUCGGCUGUAACGAAGCAGCAAUCUCAUCAAAGAAAACCCGCAUUUAAGAGGAUCUUUCCUUUAAAGCCACAGGAUAAUUUGCAAGAGUAUUUUAGUGAUGAGGAGGAUUUAAAUAAGCAUAAAGAGAAACUAGAGUUGGAAGAUAAAAAAUUGCCUCCUAAAUAAAAUGUUUCUUUCUUA